UGAGAGAGAGAGUCAAAGAGAGACAGAGGAGAGAGGAAAGAAAGAGAGGGGGAGAGACACCAGAGCGUGGAACAGGUUCUUUCUGCAGCCCUCGCACUCAGCCUCAGCAGACAUGCCUAACUUUGCCGGCACCUGGAAGAUGAAGAGGAGUGAGAAUUUUGAUGAACUUCUCAAAGCCCUCGGGGUGAACGCCAUGCUGAGGAAGGUGGCUGUGGCGGCGGCCUCCAACCCCCACGUGGAGAUACGCCAGGACGGUGAGCAGUUCUACAUCAAGACAUCCACCAGCGUGCGCACCACCGAGAUCAACUUCCACAUCGGUAAAGAGUUUGACGAGGAGACGGUGGAUGGACGAAAGUGCAAGAGCCUCGCCACCUGGGAGUCAGAGAACAAGAUCCGCUGUCAGCAGACUCUGGUGGAUGGCCACGGCCCCAAAACGUUCUGGACCCGAGAGCUGAACGGAGAUGAGCUCACACUGAUUUUUGGGGCAGACGACGUAGUGUGUACACGGGUCUACGUCCGGGAAUGAAGCCCCGCAGCCUUCAUCAGGACAAGGCAGAAACCCAGUUGGACCGCGACUUGUGUCAACCCAACAACAGUCUGUCAUGCUAACAUGCUAACACAUUCGCAAAGUAUCCUGUGUAACCUCUAAGCAUCAAUCUGCAUAGUCUCCGAAUUCAAUAGCAAUGUCUCAGUAAUCUGGUUAUUUGUAGUGAGUAUUGUGUCUGCAGUAACUGGAUAUCUCAGUCUCCAAAUCUACCACCCUGGUGUCAGCUGUUUACGUAGGAUUUAGUCUUCAGUAGCAUCCAUUAAAUAU